UGCCACCGCUGGCCGAAAGGAUCGAUCAGCCCGGUCUACCUCCUCUUCUGCCCACAUACCAUCCCGCCCGUUUCGCCCCCACUAUCAGCUGAAAGGUCAAACCAAUUUGCGCAACGAUUCCUUCAGGCGGACGAGCACCCAGCCUAGGAACCGACCUGCAGCUGAGGAGUUGGUGCAACAAUCUGCCGAGAUCCAGCUGAUUAAGUGUCUACUCCCUCUCACAUUGUCUCUUUUCGCAUUCCUUCCACACCCAUUUCCUUUGCACUUCGAGCUUUGAGCCGAGAACAAUCGCAUUUGAACAGAAGAAACAAGCAAGAGCACUGUCGGGUCAUCAAUCUAGCCGCCUAUUCACCCUUCACCGGUCUACACCUUGUGUCUGACGCAUAGCUUCGUCCCACCAUUUGGCCUGCUUUUUUUCUGUUGCCACAUUUCGUCCUACCUGUACGAUCGCUUCUUGCGCGUGAGCAAGAUCAACAGCCUCGAUGGCUUAUUACGGCGACAACGGCGGCUACGAUAUCUACGGGCGUCCGCUGAGACGGCCCUCACCACAUCAUAUGCGAAGCGACAACGCAGGCUUCCUGGACCCAGGAUAUGGCGGGGGUUUACACCGAAGCAGAUCUACAGGAGCGAGACCGAUGCCUCAAAUCAAUGUUUACAACAAGAUGUACCAAGACAAUGAGAGCCGAACACCGUCGCCUAUGCCAUACCCAGUUAUGCCUCCAGUCAUGCCGCAGUACGUGCCAUACCCAGUCGCGGAGAGCUCACGUCGCGCUUCGCCGCGUGGCUCUCCUGCAGGUCGAGGUCGCAGCACGAGCCGAGGACUGGCAGAGGGUAUAGAUGGGCUACUCUCGGCUGAAUUGGCAGACAUGGCAAUCGAGCAUCGUUACGGCCGAUCGCGGUCGCGAGGUCGUUCUGAUGCGCCAUCGUACACAGCUGGACUAGCAGAGUACCAGCUAGCCGAGCAAGCCAAAGAAUUGCGACGCCUUUCUCAAGAGAGACAGUGGAGGCUGGAAGAAGAGAAGCUCAGGAAUCAGAUCAAGCUUGAGGCAUUGGCCGCCGAAUCAAAACGAGAACGCGAGGAGCGCGAAGCCGAGGAUCGCAAGAAGCGCAUCGAGGAAGACUGGGAGCGCCGGUUACGCUUAGAACGCGAAAAGAAAGACGCCGCUGAGAAGGCCGCAGUCGAAGAGUACGAACGCAAGCAACGCGAGGCCAAGAAAAGAGCCGAGGACGCAGAACGCGCAGUCAAGGAAAAGAUUGAGCGCGAAGCACGAGAAAAGAAGCAGAAAGACAAGGAACUGUACGAAGAGUUCAAACGGCGCGAGAAAGAGGAGGAAGAGAAACAGAAGCGCGAAUGGGAAGAGUUUGAACGGAAACGCAAAGAGAAGGAGGAGAAAGAGAAGAAGAAGAAGGCCGACGAGGAGAAGGCGUUCCAAGAGCAAAUGCGCGAACGUCUGAGAGCAUUGGGCUACACGGAGCAGACGAUUGAUAUUAUGGUCGACAAAGAGAAGACCAAGAACUUCCAGCAGGAAGUGAACGCUCGCCCGCGGAGCCAAGACCGACGAACAACGACAACGACCACACAGCAGACUCUGGUCGCAUGGAAUCCACCGGCACGCGCUCCGGUGUACCCCAAAGUGCACAAGGACUACAUCGAGCUCAAGACGUUGGAAUACUACCAGUUGCCAUGGCACUACGAUCGCGAUGACCCAGAUUUUAUCAUCAUUCAGCGCGACAUGGACAAGAGACAUACUGACGUUUUGUUUGAGCAUACGGCAAGAAUACGCAAAGGCGCCUUGCUUCUCGAGGCACCAAAGAAGGAGCAGAAAUUCGCAAUGUACAGAAAGCGGUCACGCAGCAGGCACGGGCAUGGCGCUGUUAUUGAGAAAGGCGUCCUCAGGCUAGCUUGAGUGGAUCCCCGAUCCAGCGGGAGUAUUUGACAUCAUGAGCAUCCUUCGGCGACUACGUUGUGAAGUGGUAUGCUUGAGGGUCGCGUUCCAUUGCCGUAUCGUUGCAGCGUAGCGUCGACCACAGCACUUGUGGUAGAAUUGCAGAUAGGUGUACAGUCAACUCAACUUCGAAAC